AAGCGCGUCUGACAGAAAGAGAAAAACAAGUUUGAACACCCACAUACUUUCAUUUUCACAGGAACGUUUCGUUAUGAGUGACUGCAUGUGUGUGCCUGUUAGUGUGUGUGUGUGUGAGGGUUUAUUCUCUUCCUGCAAAAGCAACUGAUUAACAGAUUUAGAUUGAGCGUCCCAGAAAGAAAGCGUAGACAUCUGGUUAUGUUAUCAAAAGUGGUGUAAGAGGUCCUGAAGCCCCUCUGCUGCGGAGCGCUGAUCCUGUGAGGCGCAACAUGUGCUGAAGAUGGAUGAAGGAGCCAAGUUGCACCUAAAAGAGUGGCUGAUAGCUCAGGUGGAGAGUGGCAAAUAUGAAGGCCUGUGCUGGGAGGACGAGGAAAAAACCAUGUUCAGGAUCCCCUGGAAGCAUGCAGCCAAGAAAGACUACAAGCAGACGGAGGAUGCGGCUCUCUUUAAGGCCUGGGCUGUGUAUAAAGGCAAAUACAAGGAGGGCAGGGAUAAAGCUGAUCCCACAAUGUGGAAGACUCGACUCCGUUGUGCACUUAACAAGAGCACCGAUUUCCAGGAGGUUCCUGAACGCAACCAGCUGGACAUCACUGAGCCCUAUAAGGUCUACCGAGUUGAGCACGAUGUCUCCCUAUCCAAGCCAGCAGCUCAGCCAAAACAUGCAUUCAGCCAGGUCAGACUAUCUCCAAGGAGCCCUGGUUUUCCAGAAAAACAGAUCCACUGUCAAAAUAAACCUUUUCAAGUACUCAAGGAAGACAAACCGUGUGCUGAUGACCUAAUGAGGGAGCAUAUGUACUGUGAAGUAACUGAGAAGCAAAAUCUAAAUCAGCCUCCUCCAAUAAGUUUCUUCGGCCCUUCACUAAAUAUAACUGACUUUCGCAUGCAGGUGAAGUUGGUGUACCAUGGCCAGACGGUGACGAAUCUGACCACCCAGAGCCCAGAUGGAUGCUUUAUCCUCCAGGGGCAUGUUCCUUUGGGAAAUGAACAGAUCUAUGGACCCUGCUCUGCCCAGCAGAUCUCUUUUCCCUCCCCGGGCUCUGUAGCUCUUCCAGCCAGCUUGGUAGAAGCGAUGAACCGCCUUCUUUGUCACCUGGAAAGGGGUGUUUUAUUGUGGGUGGCACCAGAUGGGGUGUUUAUCAAGCGCUUCUGCCAGGGCAGGGUGUACUGGAGUGGUCCCUUGGCCCAGCACUCUGACAAGCCGAACAAACUUGAACGAGAAAAGACCUGCAAGCUUCUGGACAUACCCACUUUUCUAAAUGCACUUCAGAACAGUUUACGAGGAAAGGGGCCACCACCUUCGUACGAGAUCGAGCUCUGCUUUGGGGAAGAAUUUCCAGACCAAAAUGUACCUAAAACCAGGAAGCUCAUAAUAGCACAUGUUGUUCCCCUGUUUGCUGUGGAACUGUUACGGAGACUGGGACAAGCUGAGGAAAAACAUCAGAAAGCUACCCUCAGUGCAGAAGAAAAUAUGUCAGAAGACUGAGAGAUCCACCUUAUUCCUGACUAGAUAUGGACAGUACACAGUUGAACUUUAUCUCCAUCCUUGUAAUCACCAACAUCAAUAAUACAACAUUACUAUCAUUGAAGAAGAUUACAUAUAUAUAUAUAUA